GUAUGAUUCUCUUGGUCUUCAAAAUUCUAUCUUACUUGGUAAACACCAAAAAUAGAGACACACCACCUAGAGAGUUACCAUUACCAUAUUUUUUUCUUAUCCCAAUUAUACAAAAACUUACAUCUCCUCUUCAUAAAAAGGACCCAUGUUCAAGGAAGAACCAUAUUGAGUUUGAGGGCUAGUAUAGUGGGGAGAGGAGAAGUGAAUUUCAUGGCCUCAAAAUGCAGUAGUGGGUGUGAGUCUGGUUGGACUCUGUACUUAGAACAGUCUUUUGUUUCUCCAAGUCCUUCACAUAGGCGACCCGGGUUCGAUUCAAUGAAAGGUUUUUGUGGAAAAGCCACAGAGAAAAGUAAAACUCAAGUAGUAGAAGAGGUUGAUGUCGAAGAAGAGGAAGAUUUGUCCAUGGUUUCUGAUGCAUCUUCUGGGCCUCCGCAUGUCCAUGAAGAUGAUGGUUACUUUGGCGAGAACAGAUAUCACCAUUAUCCUGAAUCAGAAGGUGCUGCAUUGGUUCAAUCAGACAGCAAACGCUGCAGAAACAAGGAACAUCAACGCCGGAGCCAAGAUCCGGAGAUGUUCUCUUUUCUGGAUGACACCGCUAGCUCUCCCCUCAUAAAUUUUUCCCAGAACAAUUUGGCUGUCAACAACAAUCAGGCUUCGAUGGAGAAUGUCCUGGAUUACUCACAGGGAUUCUCUGCUUCACAUUUUGAGGGAAGGCCUUUAUUCCAAGACCACUUUGGCUUCUUCCAGUCUUCUCUGUCUAGUAACCAACUGCAACGAAACCAGUGGUAUUAAGAGAGGAAUGUGGAGAUGAGCUGGUUGCAUUACUCCUUCUGCUUCAGUACUUGCUCUGGAAGAAAUUGAAGAAAGGUUGUCCAAAAACAAAAAAAAAAAAAAAAAAAAAAAAAAGAGAGGAAAAGAAGCAUUGGAGAUCUUAAAAGGGAUCUCUUCAUCUUUUUUCUAUUUCUCUUUUCUGCUUUUCUUUUAACUUCCAAUGGCAUGGGAAACAACAUGAGGGCACAAGUUGGGAAUAAAAAUCUCUUGUUUUC